UACGAAUAGCUUUAGUUUAUUUCUACAACUUUUAAUUGAAAGACGCAUUCGUCGGAGCUACGAUAUGAGCAUUGUACCGAAGACUGUUAAUCCGGAUCUGCAAAAAGAGCGCAAAAAUGCAACAUUCAAUUCCGAAGAUUUUGCACUGUGGUACCAUGGCGGAGAAGAGAAAUUAAAAUUCAAAAGGUUUUUGGAAUCGUAUGUCUACGACGAUUUGGAUGAAGGAAUUACCAGAUUUCAGGAUUUAUCACAUGAAGAUAUCUUCGCGGAUGCCACAAAGAAUUCAAUAAUCUUGGCAAAGAAAUUGCGUAAACUACAAACAGAGCUUAAUCCCGGUGGUACCGAAAUUUGGCCUACUCUGUAUGGUUCUCCAGAACUAUGGGGUGCCGUACCAUCUGGCAAUCCUUUUUCUGUUCAUUUUUCCAUGAUGGUUGGUUGCAUACGAGAGCAAGGAACCGAUGAACAAUUUGAAAAAUUUGGCAAAAGAGCUCAGAACUUUGAGAUUACCGGAGCUUAUGCUCAAACUGAAUUGGGUCAUGGCACCUUUUUAAGGGGUUUAGAAACCAGAGCAGAUUUUGAUCGUCAAAAUGAUGAGUUUGUUUUGAAUACCCCGACUAUAAGUGCCUAUAAAUGGUGGCCUGGAGGAUUGGGUCAUUCGGCCAAUUAUUGUGUUGUGGUGGCCAAUCUCUAUAUUGAUAAUGACCCCAAGGGUGUGGCCAUGUUUGUGGUUCAAGUACGUGAUGAGCAGACUCAUAUGCCCUUGCCAGGCGUUGAUAUUGGAGAUAUUGGUAAGAAGUUGGGCUUUGCCGGUGUCAACAAUGGCUUUUUAGGUCUGAAAAAUGUUCGCAUUCCACGCACCAAUAUGUUGAUGCGUCAUUCCCAAGUGCAUCGCGAUGGUACCUUUGUUAAGAGCCCCGCUUCGGCAUUGGCCUAUUUUUCCAUGGUCUAUGUACGCUGCAUGAUAGUACGCAACAAUUCGAUCGCGCUGGCAAUGGCUGCCACUAUUGCCACCAGAUAUUCGGCGGUACGCAGACAAAGUCCCAUUAAUCCCAAUGAACCUGAACCCCAAAUUAUGGACCAUUUGACGCAACAAAUGAAGCUGUUCCCCGAAAUUGCCAUCAGUUUAGCCUUCAAAUUGGCCUCUACAAAGUUGUGGCAAAUCUAUGAUCAAACCGCUGAGGGUAUAAAGCGUGGAGAAUUUAGUCGCAUGCCCGAACUGCAUGCCAUGGCCUGUUCUCUAAAGGCUCUUUGCUCUAGCUAUUCUGCUUCAGGGGUGGAGCGUUUACGUUUGGCCUGUGGUGGUCAUGGCUAUUUGGCUUCCUCCAAUCUGCCCAAUUUGUAUUCGGCAGCCACUGCAGCCUGUACCUAUGAGGGCGAAAACACUGUGCUUUUGCUGCAAGUUGGUCGUUUUCUGAUGAAAUCCUAUCGCUUUGCUUUGACUGGCAAACCUUUGGUGCCCACUAUAGCUUAUCUUCAGGAUGCCAUUAAGGAGAAGUCUGUGGGCCAGUGGACUGGAUCUUGGAAUAACAUUAUCAAGGCAUUGCAAAUUGCUGCCGCCAACAAAAUUCGUAUUACCUAUGAAAAUUUGUCAGCUCGCUUGAAGGCUGGCCAAACAGAAGCUGAAGCUGCCAAUAAUUCAGGCAUUGAAUAUACUCAAGCUGCUGAGCUACAUGGAAACUGUUUUGUUGCCGCCACAUUUUUGGAAGAAGUUACCGGUCCUGCUGCCAGAGGCCGUAAUCCAGCCUUGAACCAAGUCUUGGAAAAUCUUUUGGAAUUAUUCUUGGUAUCCACAGCUAUGAGGCACAUGAACGAAUUGCUUAGAGUUAUUAACCUCUCUGAUGCUGAUUUGCGUUCCUUGCAAAAUCGUUUGGAAGAUGUUCUUAAAGCCAUUCGUCCCAAUGCAGUUGCUAUCUGUGAUGGUUUUGAUUUCCAUGAUAGAAAUCUGAAAUCGACCUUGGGCUCAUAUGAUGGCAAUGCUUAUGAGCGUAUCUUUGCCGAAGCCAAGGCAAGUCCUUUGAACAAACAACCAGUGCCAGAUGUAUUUUAUACGCAUUUGAAGCCUUUCAUGAAGUCUAAAAUGUAGAUACGUGUAGGUGUUUUGUUAAUGAAUUUCAUGUUUUGUUAAUAAAUUUGUAUAUACUUUUUUU